UGCUCAGCAUAGACUGGCAGAAUAUACAGUCUACUUGACCAAUUUAACACCCAUUUACAUUCAGAAGAUGCUGAAUGACUUUUAAAUAAUGGCCCUGUAUUGAUGUGCCUUUUUCUGCCUGGGCUUCUUCUACAGAAAUUUUAAAUUAAGGCAGCACCUGUUGCUUUGAAUCUACAGCAAGGACACUGAAUAUCAUAUACCACUGACACGCAGGAAAUCAAGUUCUUUGCUCUGAAGCAGGUGGACUCGAGAUGUCUACGGGUUCGGUGAGUGAUCCUGAAGAUCUCCAGGAGCUGUCAAUCACUCACAAGGACACACACUCUCUAGAAGACUCAGAAGACGAGUUUAGUAUCAAUGACAGUCUGAAAGCAAAGACCAAACCUCGAGCUGCUGCCAACAACAACAAGCAACAAAUGAAGAUGGGAAAGGAUGGCAGACAGUCUCAGAGAAACGCAGCUAACGCCAGAGAAAGGGCACGCAUGAGGGUUCUGAGUAAAGCAUUCUCGCGGUUGAAGACCAGCCUGCCAUGGGUACCGGCAGACACCAAACUGUCAAAGCUGGACACGCUGCGUCUGGCAUCCAGCUACAUUUCUCACCUCAGACAGCUUUUGCAGGAGGACAGAUACGAGAACAGCUUUGUGCACCCUGUAAACUUGACCUGGCCUUUUGUGGUCUCAGCGAGAUCAGAGGACACCAAAGACAUUUCAGCAGCGGUCAGACUAUGUGGAGCUACAGCAUAAACAUCUGGCACCUCUCUGUCUUUUAUCUCUCUCU